GGGCGAGAAACGCAGGCGGUCCAUAGAUAACGUCAUCAGAUAUCCUUAGAGCUUGAAGCGGUGAUGUUAAUCUCAGUUGGGUGGAAUGAAGUCCGGUAAUAAACAUAAAAGUGUAAACGGCUCAUCCUUGUCAUAACCCCACCUGUGCAACAAGCCUAUUUCCAUGCGCCAGAUCCUUGCUACAGGGAUCACCAACUAGCGGGGCAAACAGCUAAAACUUGCCGGCGCGCGAUGGCAAUUAAUUGACUACGAGCGAAAACACCAAAAAAAGUUUCGAAACAAAACGAAACAACCCAUACCUAAAAAAAACCAUAAAAAAAACCAUGACGACAGCCACUCCACCCUCCCUCGCCCUUCCAGGCCAGCUUCUCGGUCCCAGCUCUCGAUAUCGCGCCGGGCCGGGCACUCACAUCCACGAAUCGAACCUGUACUCGUCGCUUCUGGGCGCCGUCUCCAUCACGCAGCCCGCAAAGCCCGCUGGGCCGACCAAGAGGCCCAACAAGAUCGUCAAGCCCGGGAUGCUGUCGUCCAGCUCGUCCGAGAACCUCCCCACGAUAUCGGUGCAACGAAGGCGGCGGGCGGCGGCUGCGCUUCCCGAGGUCGGCGACGUGGUGCUGUGCCGCGUCACGCGCGUGUCGCACCAACAGGCCAUCGUGGCGAUCCUGGUGGUGGGUGACGCCGUGCUAGACGCGGAGUGGCAGGGAGUGAUCCGGGUCAGGGACGUCAGGGCGACGGAGAAGGAUAGGGUCAAGAUUGGGGAGAGCUUUAGGCCUGGUGAUAUUGUGCGGGCGCAGGUGAUCUCACUCGGAGACCAGGCCAACUACUACCUUACGACCGCCAGCAAUGAGCUUGGAGUCAUCAUGGCCAACAGUGAUGCCGGUAACCCCAUGUAUCCGGUCAGCUGGAAAGAGUACAAGGACCCGGAGACGGGGUUGAGCGAACCGAGAAAAGUGGCCAAGCCUUGAGCUUGCGUGCACAGCAUUGGAAUUGAUACGACAGCCUGAAUGGUCAUGGAUAAUUAAACAGCAGAGGGUUCUGCUCUGGGCUUGCCCGAUUUUUUUUGCACGAGGUCAGAAUCUCCACAAGCGUAGAGUCUGCUUCCGGUUAGAGAGCAUUUUAAAAAAUCAAGAUGUUGGAGGGCAGAUGGAAGAGUCGCCAUCACACAUGGCCCAUAAAUGAUACCCAAACUGGCAAAAGAUAGUCAGACUAGACUAGAUAGAGCUAGAAUUUCUAUACGAAGACGAA